AUGCAGCGACGCGUCUGCCCCGGCGAUGGCGCGUCGGUAGCAGCGGUGUCAACUCUGUCAGGGGCUGCAAAGGGCGGCAACUGGGACGCGAACACCAGCGACAGGCACGGCAAUAAACGUCCUGACAAUCCGCUGCCGUCACUGUGGCGUGUCCCGAGGGCCCUGAGCGUCGCGUCGUCGUGGUGGCGUCCAGGCCAGGGCGAUGGAGGACACCUUCAACUUGUCCAGUGUUGGAGUUGGAGGCUUGUCAGACAGUGCUUGAUUCCAAAGCGCCCCCACCAAGCGCCGCCGCCUACCCGCCCAAUCGUCAGCGCCUCUGCAUUGGCGUAG